AUGCACUGGCAUGAUCUUGGUAACCAGGGAUCAAAAGUAGAAGUAAGUUCAAUAAAAGUAGAAGAGAAGAUGGAAGGCAAAAUGGAUAGCAAAUUUGAUUUUAAGGGCAUCAGUUCAAGUCAGACGUCCAUUAUGGGUGACCUUCGGAGACUUCUUAACCAAGGAGAAUAUUCUCCUUUUACCUGUGCUCCCAUCUUUGAAAGCAAGUUUGUUGAGGUUAAUCAAAGAGGGGAACGAAUUUCUAUCCAUAACCGAACCAGCUGCGUGACCAUUGGCAUCUGUGCUGCCAGUCCUGGUUCACCAUUGCCCAAUGCAAUGCUGGUUGCACGUGAGGUGUCCGUGUCCCCACAGGAAAGUGUGCCAACCAUCUGGAAAGCCUCAGAGCAGCCAUCCCAAAAGGAACAGCUCGAACUUACCAGGUUUUUGCCCUUGGAGCUUGUGGAACUUGCUGUCCACAGCAGAGAUCAUCAUCACCUCAUGAUAAAGUUAGUAAAUGGCCGUUCCUAUUACCUAGAGCUCUGUGCCCCACCAGACCAGCAAGAACACCUCUUCCACCUGUGGCUGCAGCUCAUCUCUCUCCUGAAACCCCCAGAAAAUACCAACAAUACCAAAGUUGAUGUAAAAGAGAAAGAUUUGGGCAUGUGUCACGAGAAAGCUCCCAGCCCAAACAACCCACCAGAAAAUAGGGAUGACCCACAAGAUGUGCCUAACCCCGAAACAGAGAAAGAAGAAAUUACUGAACAAGCCCCCUCCAUCAAAGUUCCCCUCCCAGCUGUAGUAGAUGCCACAGACAAGACUGAAAAGGAAAGAGAAACCUUUCACGGCUCCCUUCCACCAACUCAGCAAGAAAACACCAAGCAGCCAAAGAAUAAAAGUCCUGUGGAUAAACAGCGGAGCAAAAGCACAGAAAAGAGAAAACCCAGGACAAAUACAACGAAGAAAAAAAGUGAAAAAAAAGUACAUACUUCAGGAUAUCAAAAGAGUGCCAGUAAAUCAAGUAGACUGCUUCAUGUACUAUCCCGAGCAAUAAGUAAGAAGGUAUAA